AGGCAAAAUCAAGGAAAAGUAUCACGGAUCCAGAGAUACAUAGAUAAUGUCCUCUCAGUUUGACAAUUGAUUGUAGACUUUUUGUGUUGAGAAGAAGAGCAGAGUGAGAGAGAUGGAAGAGAUGAGAGGUCUCCCUUCACUCUUAGCUCUAAAAGAGGCAAGUGAGACAGAGAAGAUUGCCUCUGAUAUCACUCAGCUUGUGGGUUGGACACCACUGGUAGAACUGAAAGAGAUUGUUCAAAAGGAAGGAUUGGAUGUUAGAAUUGUUGGGAAGCUUGAAUUUUAUCAACCUCUUUCUUCUGUUAAAGAUAGAGGUGCCCUGAGAAUGAUUGAAGAUGCAGAAGAGAAAGGUUUGAUUAAACCUGGUGUUACCACUUUGGUAGAGCCAACCAGUGGAAAUCUAGGCAUUGCUUUAGCUUAUAUUGGUAUAAGGAAAGGUUACCGAUUCAUCGGAGUUAUUCCGGCUCAUUAUUCUGUUGAUAAGUGGAUGCUAUUGAAAUAUUUGGGUGGUGAAGUUGUCAUUACUAAUCCUGAACUUGGGAUUCAGGGAGUGAUGCAAAAAGUGGAGCAGCUGAAGGAAAGUGAUCCAAAUGUUUAUGUUCUUGAUCAGUUCUCUAAUCCUGCAAAUCCGGAUGCACAUUUUACUGGAACUGGACCUGAAAUAUGGAAAGACACGGCAGGGAAAGUAGACAUAUUUGUGUGUGGUUCUGGAUCAGGUGGUACUGUAACCGGUGCUGGGCGAUAUCUCAAGAUGAAAAACAAGGAUCUGAAGGUCAUUUGUGUUGAGCCUGCAGAGAGCCCAGUCAUUUUAGGCGGAAAACCGGGGCCGCACAACAUACAAGGUAUUGGUCCAGGUAUUAUACCUUUAAACUUGGAUACAUCCCAUAUUGACGAGACCAUCACUGUGACCACUGAAGAAGCAAUGACUAAUGCUAGAAGAAUUGCUAGAGAAGAAGGUAUUCUAGUCGGUAUAUCUUCGGGAGCCAAUUUGGCUGCCUGCCUCAAGGUUGCUGCAAGAGCUGAAAACAAAGGGAAGAUGAUUGUGACUGUCUUCGCCAGUGGUGGUGAGAGAUACAUAAGCACACAACUAUUUGACAAUGUGAGGGAGGAAUGCAUGAACAUGACUUUCUGAAGGAUAUUUUUAUUCUGAUGUUGUGGAAUUAAAUAUUGGCAUUAUGCAAAAGUUUUUACUGAAUAACUCAGUUGAGACCAGAUGUAUGACUUGAUCCUUUCCAAACUAUCAUAGGGUUGGCCUUUGCCAUUCCCAGAAGGAAAUCAAUGUAAAAGUAAAAAAUUAAAAAAAAAAUGAUGUAAAUGUUUGUAAUUUUAAGUAUUUUUUAGUUGUAAUUUGAGGUUCCCA